AUGCAAUAUACAUGCCUCGCGCUCCUCCUGCUCACCUCCACCACCCUAGCAGCACCACAAUCCCUACCGCAACCCACAGACGGCACCCUCACAGUACCAUCCACCGUGAUGUCCAUCCUGGAGUCAUCCAUCCCCCCAGCCGACUUCAGCGCCAUCUGCAACAGCCCGGAGACCGCAGAAUCCGCCAUCCACGAGCUGGCCCUCUCUAACCCCACCUGGUUCCAUGCGUUGCCCUCCAGUGUCCAAGAAUGGGCUUCCGCCGCUUUUGCUUCCCCAAUUCCCACAUCUGUCGGCAAUAACCCGGUUAAGCGUGCCCCUGGACACGGCUCGAAGCGUAACAAUAAUGGUGUCGGUGGCUCCAAUAAUUCGAACAAAACGAGCACCGGUGGUGCAGCGGCGCCGACUGGGCCUGUCGCGGUAGGGUUGGUGGGUGCUGCUGGGUUGUUGGCUAUUGCGCUGGGGGUGUGA